AUGUCAGCGAAAACUAUACUUGCUAUUCUAAGUGCUACUUUUCUGCUUUGUGUUGCAGCAGUAAGCGUUAUUUCUCUAAUACCAAUCUAUAUUCCAAAUCGUUCUAAAGCUCCCCGAUUCAAUCAUACUACAGCAACCUCUAAUCGAAGUUCAGUUCGUAUAGCUAUAAUUGGAGCUGGUAUUAGUGGUCUUAAUGCUGGUCUAUCCUUAUUAGAUUCGAAUUUAUUUUCACCAGAAAAUAUCAUUAUAUAUGAAGCCAAUAAUUAUAUUGGUGGUCGUAUUCACACACAUAUAUGGCCUUCCAGUAAUCAAACAUCUGAAUGGUGUGGAGAAUUUCUGGAUAGUAAUUAUUAUCAGAUGAUAAAUCUUACACAACGUUUCAAUUUAACUUUGAUUGAUACUGUUCAAGCGAAUAAUCCUGAUAUUUAUCAAACUACACUUUAUUUUUUAUCACGUUUUUAUAGUUCAUCGCAAGCAUGGAUUGAUUAUCAACCAGUUGGUGAAAUUAUGAAACAACAAAUUGAUCUAAUUGGUGACAUUAGUUUUAAUCAGAGUAAUGCCAAUGGAACCUAUUUUGAUAGAUUAUCGUUGUAUGAUUGGAUAGAAAAAUAUGUACCAAACGGACAUCGAUCUCAAUUAGGUCAAUAUCUAGAUUCUGCAUACAAACAACAAUUUGGAAUAGAUACUCAAGAGUUAAGUUCUUUGACUUUGUUAUUUAAUCUAGAUCCUUAUAGUCAACCACCCAAUGGACCACUAUUAAUAUAUGGUUCAUCUGAUCAACGUUAUCGAAUUAAUGGUGGAAAUUAUUUAUUACCAACACGUAUUGCUAAAUAUUUACAAAAUAAUAAUAUUAUAAUUCAAAUGAAUUAUAAUUUAACUAAAAUAACGGUAACUACUGAUCAUAAAAUAUCUUUAAGUUUUGCUAAUGGUGAAACAAUUCUUUUCGAUCAUGUAAUUUUGACUUUACCUUUAUCAACUUUAAGAUAUGUUGAUUAUAGUCAAGCUCAGUUUGAUACAUUAAAAACACGAAUUAUUAACGAAUUUCGAUAUGCUACAAAUACAAAAUUAAAUUUACAAUUCUCAAAACGUUUCUGGUUAGAAAAAUCAUCAAAUGGUUAUAUUUAUACAGAUUUACCAUUUCUUAAUUCGUGGGAAGCAUCAACAGGUCAAUCAGGACAAACUGGUAUUCUUGUUCUAUAUACAGGUGGAAGUGAUGGAACAUCAUUUACUCCUCGAUCAGGAUUUGAUUCCAUAUCAAAUUAUGAAAUUAGUAGUAGUACAAAUUGGUAUAUUCGACAAUUUCUCAAUGAUUUGAAUGAAAUAUGGCCCAAUGCGUCAAGCUAUUAUACUGGAGAAGGUACUAUUUCAGCACCAUGGAUUGAUCCACAUUUUCUUGGUUCUUAUCCAAGCAGGACACGAGGUCAAUUUUCUACACUACGAGGUUAUGAAAAACAACGACAAAUGAACAUUCAUUUUGCUGGUGAUUAUACCUCUCUUAAUUAUUCUGCUUGUAUGGAAGGUGCAAUUAUAGAAGGACGUCGAGCAGCUCUCGAAGUUAUUGCUGAUUAUUAA